CGCCAUUGGGUUUUGCCUUGUGAAGAAAGGUCCGUCGAACGAGUGACGAUGACCGCACAAUAAUUCUGUAUCUAUCACACUAUAUAGUAUAUAAUAUAAUAUCAUAAUACCGUGUGCGUUAAAUAACACUCCGACCGUUUUAUGCGCUAACAGUGAUUUUCCUAAGCCCGACAUAAUAUUCGCGAUACUCUUCGAAUAUAUAUCAUAAAACCAGCUUCCACUUUUAUAAUAUUAUUAUAUAUAUUAUACUGCUACCGAUCCAGACCCGAUGGCCACAUCAUCGUCGUUCGCGCAAAUAUGGUCGGGCGUGCAAGUCGAGUACGGCGAGGGCAAAUGUACGGCUGACGCACCCCACUCGCCGCCCAUGCCAUUAGUCCGUCGGCCGUCGAAGCCAAAGACUUACACACAUCAGGAGGCGGAGUACAAAUGGCAAAUCGUGUGGCGCAACGUGAUUGGCUUCAUUCUAUUGCACUCGCUCGCUGUCACUGGAUUUUAUAUAAUUUUAUGCGGACAAGUCCAAUUUAAAACUAUACUGUUCAUGAUAUUUUUGGGUGCAUGUAGCGCUCUGGGCAUAACGGUUGGUGCCCAUCGGCUAUGGGCUCACCGGUGCUACAACGCACGUCUGCCGAUGCGAGUGUUGCUGGCCGUGUUCCAGACGCUGGCGUUCCAGAACCACAUAUACGAAUGGGUCCGAGACCACCGGGUUCAUCACAAGUUCACCGACACGGACGCGGAUCCACACAACUCAUCUCGGGGAUUUUUCUUCUCACACAUGGGCUGGCUUAUGGUCCGCAAACACCCAGACGUGUCCGCCAAGGGUUGUGCGGUCGAUAUGAAAGACCUGGAAGCUGACCCAGUGGUCAUGUGGCAAAAAAAAUAUUAUUUAUGGCUAGUUCCCGUGGUAACGUUCCUGAUACCGUCUUACAUUCCAUACUGGUUGUGGCAAGAACGUUUUUGGUAUUCGUUUGUCGUAGUCGGCGUCUUUCGUUACAUGAUAUCGUUACACUUCACGUGGCUGGUCAACAGCGCCGCUCAUAUAUGGGGCACAAAACCGUAUGAUAAAAACAUCACACCCACCGAGAACCCUACUGUGGCACUAUUGGCGUUCGGCGAGGGAUGGCAUAACUAUCAUCACGCGUUCCCGUGGGACUACAAGGCGGCCGAGCUAGGCAAUUAUCGACUAAACUUCAGCACAGCGUUCAUCGACGGGUGUGCCCGGCUCGGUCUGGCGUACAACUUGAAGACAGCCAACGCCAGUCUGGUGGAGAAACGGUCACGCAGGACGGGCGACGGCACCAAGUACCACGAUCACCAGCACGACGAUCACCAACAGCACAAUCACCACCACAUGGAAGGCGGCGUCUGGGGAUGGGGCGACGAGGACAUGGCCGAAGACGAGAAACAAAUCGUGCAAGUGAUCGACUGACCGCAGCGGACUUCCGGUCGAUGAGACCAAUUAUUAUAUUUUUUAAUUGUAUAUAUACAUUAUAUAUACGUGCACAUUCCUCCGAAAUCGCGUGUACACCUAUCGAUAUAUUAUAUAAUAUUUACGUGUAGAGGUAUAUCGUAUCAAUCAUACCCUUCGAGAUAACGUCCUCCUAGUUAUAACGGUUUAAUUUAAUCUUUCUUUUUGUUUAUUUACUAGACGCAUAUAAAAAACAUAAACUAGCGUUAUUGUAUUUGUAUUAUUAUUAUUAUUGUUUUUUUUUUAUUAUUAUUAUUAUU